GUAUGCGCGCGCAGCAAAAGAGGCCCCGCCUCUUUUCCCUUCCGGCCCUCGGCUCUUUUUUUCCCCCACACGGCGCCUGCGCGGGAUUCUCUGUCGAACGAGGUAAACUCAGGCCGUUAAGGGGCCGGAAGUGCGUGAGGCCACCUGACCGGAAGUGGUCCUGCGGUAGGAGAAAGAGGGGAGCCUCGCCGAGCGACCGUGGCAGAAAGGGAAAAAGACGGGUAGGCCGCGUACCUGGCCCGGUAAUUGUGACCAUGCCCACGAGGAUAAUAUGCCGAAGAUUUUCAGGGCGAUCUUGUAAGACACCUGCAUUUCCCAAGAUGGAGACCACGAAGAGCUUCCCCCGAGGAGAAGAAGAGAGCCAAAACAUCCAUCGAAGAGGCCAAGACCCCAAACUUGCCGUUGUGCACAAAGCUUGGAAGCUACCAGGGUACCAAUUACAUUAUUAUCCCUCCGUUUCACGAGAAUCCAAGUGUCUCCUUCGCAAGGAUGCUCUCCAAGGUUCGAGAGAAGGAGCUCUUCUGGACUUUUGCUCCAGAACUAGCAUUAGAUGCACCCAGAAUACAGCCAGCAUCCUAGCUCUCCCAAGGCUUUCAAGAGCAAAGAACGUUUUUCUAGAUUUGGGAAGCAGCAAAGCUUUCUGCACUCAAGCGUCCCCGAGGGACUCAUGGCUGCUGUCCUCCAUAAGGAAUGACAAGGAUGAGGCCUAUUUAAAGUCUCCCAGCAAUAAGAAAGUGGCUAGACAAUUCCAGAAGCAAAGGCCCGAGUACGCAUCUCUGUGUUACAGCCCAGAGGAACGCCGCCGGCUCCUUUCCGCUGAAGAGUCUCACUUCAUCCUCCAGAACGUCUCCAUGUUGAAAGAAUACAUGAAACCCAAGGACAUCGUGAACUCUUUCUUCCGGCUGAGCCAUUUGCCGGCAGACAAACACCAGGCAUUCAAAUCCAGCCCCAGAUUCCCAGUGCUGUGUCAGGGCGUCAUUAAGAACAUCCGCCUGUUUGGGAAUGCGGAGCUGAUCGUGCUCUUGAAGGCCUUUGUCGCCUUAGGAGUUCCGCCCGUCCAUUACAUGUUGAAGGUCGUGGAAGACGAAUGCGUCCGACGGGUUGAGGACCUGAGCUUGAAUCAGCAGCUGCUGGUAGCCGAUCUGUGGCGUUGCUUGAACUGCAAGGUCCCUCAAUACCUGGAUGCCAUGUUGAAUGACAUCAACAUGAACUGGAAGGAUCUGUCGCUGACUCAGCUGGUGCAACUGGUUUACAUCGUCGGCGAAGGCCGGAAGGCCCCCGAAGAGUUAGUGAAGAAGUUGGAGGCCUCGGUCUUGAAACAUUUGCACGCCCUCAAUCUGGAGGAAGUCGGCAUCAUCUGCUUAGGCUUCUUCAAGUCACAGAGUAAUAUGUCCGAACCCCUCUUGAGAAAAAUCGGGGACAAAAUCUGCGGCUCCUUGGGAGACAUGAGCAAUUUUGCCAUCAUCAACGUGCUCAAAAUGUUCCGUGGGAUUCACCUGGAUCACCUGGAUUUUCUAAAGGAGCUGGGGCAUGUUAUUCCUCCCAGGAUCCCCGCUCUCAGCAUCCCGGGCAUCAUGCACAUUGCCUUCGCGUGCUCCUCGCUGCAUUAUUGCGAUGAAGACAUCCUCAAUGCGAUCGCGGCCGCGGUCCCCUCUAAGGCGGCGUCUUGCCGUACCAAAGACAUCGCGAAAUUAUUGUGGUCGUUCGGAACCUUGAACUACCAUCCUCCCAACGAAGAAGAGUUUUACGCCAGCCUGUUGGAACAGCUGGAAUCGAGGAUGUUUGAGUACAAUAAAUUCCCCGAGCAUCUUAUCACUUCCUUAAUCGGCUUGGCCUUUGUGCAACGUUUCCCUCACGAUUUGCUCGACUACGCCUUGAGUCCCGAGUUUAUCGAGUUAAGCAGCACCUGUAAACACGAUCUCUGGAAAGAUUUUUUCACCCUCGACGGGACGGUGGGAAUCGAGUGCCCGGGCUACACCGGCAGCCGCCUGACCACUCAAAGCAAGCGAGAGAUGGCGGGGAAAAUGCGGGAUUAUGUCUUGAAGCAGGAAUUCGACGUGGCUUGGUCCCUCCUGGAGGAGGUGCUGGGCGGCCCCCAGUUUAUCAAGCUGCACGCGGUCUUGCCUCACAUCAGGUCCGUGGAUUUGGAAAUCCGCUUAGACACCAACCGAAAGCCGUUGCCGUUUAAUUCGGAAGGCGUGACCGGGGAGCGUUUGGAACUGAAAAAAAAUGGCGCUCUCCUCACCGAUAACAUCAUUAAUCGGCUUUUGAAAGGGAAACCGCUCAGCCAGUCCGAGGAAAGCGAGAAAGACCAGCGUAUUCAGAAAAGGGGAGAAUUUCACGGACUGCCUAUUUGGAAAAAAAUGGAUUUUUCUGAUGCCGAACCCGGUUUGGAGACUUCAGCUGAUGCAAAAGAUGAAGGACGACCCUCUCCGAUAAACCAGGAGCAGCAGGAAUGUGUGAAAUUAGCCCUUCAGGUCACCAACAGAAACCAGUACAGAUAUCACUCAAAAGAGCUGCUGGGGCUCCACGCCAUGAAAAGGAGGCAGCUCCGCCAAAUUGGAUACGUCCCAGUAGAACUGCCUUUUUGGGAGUGGUUUCCAUUACUCAAAUGUAACCGGGAGGAACAGCGGAAGUAUUUGUACCAGAAAGUGUUUGAAAGGUAGCCAAAACAUGCUGUAGAACCAGAUGAAAAAAUCUUCGUGGCUGUUCUGACCUAGCUUUCCCCAGAAGCACGAAGCCGAAUCCUCAUCCCGAUAAACCGUUUUAUUUAAUUGACAGUGAAUUCAUCUCCAGCAAAGUCUUUCUUCUCCCACAGUC